GGAUGUGAAAUCGAACAACAAUAUUUGUAAUCUUAAGUUGAAAAACGAUGCAGCAGUAAUCAUUAGAAUGCUAUUACAAAUCGUAAUAAGCAAACAGCUCAAAUAAGGUACGAUGCAAUCCAUGGACCAUGACCAUAUUUACAAAAGCGAAUCUUAUACGCUUCGCGGUCGGGACAAUUUGUUUUCUGCUGCUGCUCAACUUCCUCUGGACGACGGAUUCAGACGGAUCCAGCAGCAGCUCGCUGAGCAAACUGAGCAUACGGCGAGUGCACAAAUAUGCACACAUCCACAACAGAAACGACAGCGACCGAAGUGCCAUUGGGAGCGAUAUCCCCGCUGGGGGUCAUAAAUUGCCAGCAGCUCCAUUGGCGCUAUCGAAAGAACGAGAGAGAGAGCUGCACAUUGUUGGGCGCAACUCGAACUCAAACUCAACCUCGACUGUGAUUGCGAUUGCAAACUUUACUUCCAUUCCACAAGACUUAUUGCACGCGCACCCGCAAGAUUUUGCAAACGGCACACAAACGCCACAAGUGACACAAAUCACACAAAACUGCACUGAUCCCGAUCCCCGAGAUGGUGGACCCAUCACGCCAAACACAACGCUCGAAUCUCUUGAUGUUAUUGAGGCUGAGCUGGGACCGCUGUUGCGUCCUGGUGGCGCUUAUCAGCCAAUUGAUUGUAUUGCUCAAUAUCAUGUUGCCAUUGUUGUGCCCUUUCGCGACCGUUAUGCCCAUCUUUCGGUUUUCCUGCGCAACAUCCAUCCGUUCCUAAUGAAACAGCGGAUCGCCUAUCGCAUAUUUAUUAUAGAGCAAACCAAUGGCAAGCCGUUCAAUCGGGCUGCCAUGAUGAAUAUUGGUUACUUGGAGGCCUUAAAGCUAUACCAGUGGGACUGUUUUAUAUUCCACGAUGUCGAUCUUUUACCCUUGGACGAACGCAAUCUGUACAACUGUCCACGUCAACCACGGCACAUGUCCGUUGCAAUUGACACGCUGAACUUCAAGUUGCCUUAUCGCUCAAUAUUUGGCGGAGUAUCUGCCAUGACACGACAACAAUUUCAAGCUGUGAAUGGAUUUUCAAACUCAUUCUUCGGCUGGGGUGGCGAGGACGACGAUAUGUCCAACAGAUUGAAGCAUGCCAACUUAUUCAUAUCACGUUAUCCGAUAAAUAUCUCUCGCUAUAAAAUGUUGAAGCAUCAGAAAGAGAAGGCAAAUCCAAAACGCUACGAGAACCUGCAGAACGGCAUCGGUAAAAUUGAAAUGGAUGGCAUCAACUCGAUUAAAUAUGAAAUCUAUAGCAUCAAAGAUUUCCCAACAUUCACUUGGUAUUUGGCCGAGCUAAAGAAUUCUGAGCGAAAGAGUUAACCAACCACAGCAACAGCAUGAGCAACAGCAUUCGCAUCAUCCAUUUAUUAUCGAAUCUCCUUAAAGACAAAGUUGCGAAUGCGAUUCUCAAUUUCGUGCAAUAAUUACUUAUGUGUAUGUACAAAUGACAACAUUACUUUCUUCAAAGUAGCCUAAUUAUUAUCUCGAAUAAUAGACACACAAUUAUUGUGUAUGUAGCAUGUCCAGUCAAUAUAGAAAUACAUAUGUACUUUAGUCUUACUCCUAGCUCCAUUUAAAAUAUAUUCUAUGUAUUCCAACGAGUACAUAGAUUUUGUUGAUUUUAGUAUGUCUUCCUCAUCAUUUUAUUAAAAAUCUCUCAAUAACAAAUUACAAAAAAAAAAUGAAAAAGACAAAAAAAUUCUACACCAAUUCCUACAAGGUGAAAUGUAGAUAUUACUUUUGUGAUAUACAAAUUGUUAUUCGAUUAAAAUGAUAAUUAAAUGAAAAUGAAAAAUAUGUACUUUGAUCUUCGGCACGCCGAAUCUACAACAUAUCCCUGCAGAAUACUCAUUGAGUGAUAGUCCGAUAUUAAUAUAUAAAUUCUAUAUAUGUAUCUUUAAGUCGAAAAUAUCAUAAAAGGCAGCUUUUUUGACUGAUAAUUCCAAAUGACACCUCUAUUUAGAAAUCCGAUCCAACUUCGACGGGUACAACUUGUGUGCCAAUAUGAGGCUUUAAGAUUCUAUCAGAUUCUGCAGGGAUGUUCAUCUAUCUACCAUACUUUAAUAUACAAUACCAAAUGUAUAACUUAUAAAAAACAAAAUACAUUUUACUAUACCAGAAUAAAACUUUUACUAUA